AAAUGGAUGAAAAGUACAUCAAAUAAUCUACAUGUACAUGCUACAUCAUCCCAGUAUCUAUUCUUGUAUGAGCUGCCAAAGGGAUUACUUCAUCAAUACUGCACUUUAGUCUUAUGAAGAAAAUAUCCAGAUAUUAGAAAUUUUGAGGGGAACAAGCAGUUUUCAGUCAGCUUGGUUAAAAUAUUUUUACGCAAAUGCUCUAGGGUUUUUCUGCUCUAAAAAUAGGAGCAGUGAACAUGCAUAUUCAUGAGCUCUUUAGCCCUAUGUGACUUUGUACAUAAUUAAUAAGCUCACUAUUAGAGAAUGAGCACAAUAUUUCAGCUGUUCAGGAAAAGCAGCUUGAAGACAUGCAUAUUCAUGAGCUCUAUGCUCCUGAGUGACUUAAUGCAUAAUUCAUGAGCUCUCAUCCAAGAACAGAGAGCACAAUCACAUUGUCAACUGCAGAGCCUUGAGCAUGCAUAUUCAUUACUGAGCACGAUACCCCCUGUAUGACUUCAUGCAUAAUUCAUGAGCUCUCAUCCAAGAAGAAAGAGCACGAUCAUAUUGUCAGCUGCAGAGUUAUGAGCAUGCAUAUUCAUGAGCUCAAUACCCCCUGCAUGACCUCAUGCAUAAUGCACGAGCUCUCUCUCGCCCAUGUGUGUACUGGCGUAUGAAGAAAGAGAUGAGGGAGAGUGAUGGAGAGAGGUAGAGAGAUAAGGAGAGAGAGGAGAAACCCCCAGACAAGGCGUUAGUAUGGUGAGCAUGUGUGCGAUCACUGGGCGGACCAUACGAAGCCUCUACCAUUGAAACGGUGCAUGGAAGAUCUAUUGUAAACAUACAGAUUUUGUUUAUUAACCCUGUGGAGUUGCCUUGCAUAUGAAUGCACCCCAGUGAAUGAAUGACCAGUGUGGUUUUAAGCCAGGAAUCCAUUCGUUUCCAUUGGAUUUUACUCGUAUGCAUCCAGAUUUGUGCACCUGGACACAGAAAAUCAUAAUCACUGGGAGCUCUGUGCCUAUCGUCAUAUCAUUAGUGCUUCUCUAGCGCCCUCAAGUCUUGCGUUCAAGACAGGCGCUUCUUACACACUAUCACAUUGAUUUUGUAUGCUUCCAUUUGAAUUUCAUUCCAAGCAGCUUCAGAGUUUUAUUGUGCAAUAGGAAGAGAACAACUUCUUGAUGGAAAAUAGACAUACUGACUCGGUGUUUAUGAAAAUUGACAAUUCACCGCGCACCACACGUCCAAAACCAAGCAUGUUCCAGACCGUAUCAGGCGGAGGCAACUCACUUAAGUUCACAGAGGACACGCCCGAAGAACGGGAGCGUCGUAGGAGGGUGCAGCAGGAGAUGGCGGAUGCUGCGAACUCUCCAAGACGAAUCCCCAAAGGCAAGCUCGGGAUGACUAGUACCGCUGAUACUUACGAGGGCACGCACGACACGAUGCAGUUCCCGUCAGAGCGUGGUGAAGGGCUUGUUAAGCCAAAACGCGAUACGCCCGAGGACUCUCCGCACCACGUUUUAAAACGCCCUGGUGGUUCCAUGUUCACGAGCGUCGAUGGAGGCGGCAACUCGUUGCCGCUAGAUUCAGUCCGCCGCGGAAUCAGCGUGGACUCUUCGCUGAGCUCAUCGCCACGACGCACCCCUUGCGACGCAGUCUUCAACGUGGUUGAUAACCCUGACGAGAGCGCAGAUGCUAAACCGGGUGAUCCUUCCCCACUGUUCAAGAAGUCACCCUCUAAAUCUGGUCGUGGUAUAGCCUGUGGCGGAGGACCCACGUCCUGGACUGGAGGUCCCAUUGUUCUUGGGGCCGAAGAUGAGACUGAUGAUGAUGGGGUAAAAUUCCUUGUGGCUGCUUAUAAUCUUGUGAAGAUCAGUAUACUGUCUGUGACUCUCUGUCAAAGUAAAGCAUGCUUAUUUGGUCUGCAUAUUCAGUGCUCUUGUUGGUUCUUUAUGCAACAUCUAGAGGAUAUUCCCUGUCUUCAAGUCCUGCCUCAAGUCCUGCCUCUUGCAAAGAUCUAUAUCCCUCUCUAUAUGUGUCAAAGUGAAGCAUGCUCUUUCCAAAUUGGUCCGCAUUUUCAGAGCCCUUGUUGUUUCUCCUUUGUAAUAUCUGUAUAG